AUGGGGGUUGGUGAUGCAUUCUAUAACGAUAACGUGUCUAGUCCUAUGGUAGUAGGGGAAAUUCCAAAUCCGGAGGCAACUAAAUUUUUUAAUCUUUUGAAAGCUGCGGAGGAGCCGUUAUGGGAUGGGUGUACCAAGCAAUCCAAAUUAUCUGCUUGUGUACAAUUGCUUAAUAUGAAGUCAACAUUUAAUUUGACUCAGAAUGCCUUCAACAAUUUUAUUGAUUUCACAAAAAGUUGCAUGCCUAAUGAUGAAAAUUUGGUAUCAAAUUUUUAUGAUGCCAAGAAAUUUAUGCGACCACUUGGACUUGGUUAUGAGAAAUUUGAUGUGUGUCCUAAUUAUUGUAUGUUGUACUAUGGGGCUGAUGCAAUGAAAACAAAUUGUGAUUUUUGUGGAAGUUCACGAUACAAACCUAGAAAUCCAACUAGUAAAGGUUCCAAUAAGGCAGAGAAGCAACUUCGAUACUUUCCCUUAACACCAAGGCUUCAAAGACUGUUCAUGUCUCCAUAUCAUGCCAAAGAUAUGACAUGGCAUCAUUUUCACAAGUCAGAUAAUGGGGUUAUGGUGCACCCAUCUGAUGGGGAGGCAUGGAAGGAGUUUAAUCGUGUUCACUUCAGCUUUGCAUCAGAUCCGAGAAAUAUUCGAUUAGGGUUGUGCACUGAUGGGUUUUGUCCAUUUGACAUGUCUUCAAAUACAUACUCUUGUUGGCCAAAUUUAUGGUCUGUUGGUGUUGAAACAUAUGAUGUCUACAGAAAAGAAAAUUUUCAAUUAAGGGCAGCUUUGAUGUGGACCAUUAGUGACUUUCCAGCAUAUGGCAUGUUAUCGGGGUGGAGUACUCAUGGAAAUCUGUCUUGUCCUUAUUGUAUGGAGCAUAGCAAGGCUUUUAGAUUAAAAAAUGGACGGAAAACUACAUUUUUUGAUUGUCAUCGACGAUUCCUACCCAUGAACCACCCAUAUAGACAUCAAUCUGAUAAGUUUUUGAAAGGAGUAAUUGAAAGGCUCCCUCCUAUACCUCGUCCAUCUGGUUUGGAAAUGUUAAAUGAAGUGUCCAAGUAUACUGAGGGACAUAUUGGAGGUUCAUCAUAUAAUGUUAAAAUUCCGGGAUUUGGUGUUAAACACAAUUGGGUGAAGAAGAGUAUUUUCUGGGAGCUUCCAUAUUGGCAUACAAAUUUGAUUCGUCAUAAUCUUGAUGUCAUGCAUAUUGAGAAAAAUAUCUUUGACAAUAUUUUUUAUACAGUAAUGGAUUGUCCUUAUAGAAGCAAGGACAAUUUAAAGGCUAGGUUGGAUAUUCAAUUGUAUUGUCAUAAGCCAAAUUUACAUUUGCAACAAGAUAUGAGUGGUCGGGUUUACAAACCUAAAAGCACUUAUUGUCUACACAAGAAACAACAACAAGAAGUGUUGUCAUGGAUGAAGGAAUUAUCAUUUCCUGAUGGUUAUGCUUCAAGCAUUUCACGAUGUGUGAAAGAGGCACAAUGUAAGGUUUCGGGGAUGAAGAGCCAUGAUUGUCAUGUCUUCAUUCAAAGACUUCUUCCAACCGCUUUCCGACCUUACUUACCUAGGCCAUUGUGGGAGGCAUUAACUGAACUAUCCGUAUUUUUUCGAGAUAUUUGUUCAACAAAUUUAAAUGCCCAGCACAUGGAGUUAAUGCAGAUGAAUAUAAUUGAAAUAAUUUGCAAACUUGAAAGGAUUUUUCCUCCAUCCUUCUUUGACUCCAUGGAACACUUGAUGAUACAUCUACCUUACGAGGCAAAAGUUGGUGGACCAGUUCAAUAUCGAUGGAUGUAUCCAUUUGAACGGUAUAUGUUUUAUUUGAAGAAGAAAGUUACCAAUAAAGCUAAAGUUGAGGGUUCCAUAUGUGAAGCGUACUUGAUUGAUGAAAUUACCAAUUUUGCAUCUCAUUAUUUUGGUGAUGACGUGCAAACAAUUUGGAAUCGAGUUCCACGGAAUGAUGAUGGUGGCCUUAAAAGUGUAGAUGGAUGUCUCUCUAUUUUUUCCUAUCCAGGAAAAAAAUUAUCCAAAAGAUUUUAUAGAAGGCAGUUGUCACAUGCUGAAAUGCAAAUUGCGCAUAACUAUGUGAUAUUCAAUUGUCAAGAACUGAAGCCUUAUUUAGAGCAAUGCCGUCAAGAGCUAAAGUCACAACAACCAUAUGCGAGUGAUGGUGAAAUUGAAAAAUUAUGCGAAGUGAUCUUUCCAAAUUGGUUAAAAAAUAAUGUGGAAUACCAAUCUAAUGGAAUUCAAAAUCAGCUCUUUGGACUUGCUAUGGGCCCUUCAACUUCAGUGAAAUGCUAUAAUGGGUAUUAUGUGAAUGGUUUUAAAUUUCAUACUCAACGUUAUGGUUGUUUUAAAAAGACAAUGAAUAGUGGAGUUUGUGUGAAAGGAAGUUGCUAUGAUGAUAAUGAACGUGAUUAUUAUGGAAUGCUUAAAGAAGUUGUUCGGCUAAAAUACUUAGGGAGUAAGUGCAAGUUAUUUAUGUUUAAAUGUAAUUGGUAUGAUACAAGACGAGGAAUUAGAGUGCAUCCUUCGAAUGGUUUGGUUGAAAUCAAGCAUACAUCUCGACUACAAGGAAAUGAAGAUUUUGUGCUAGCACAACAAUGUCAACAAGUCUACUAUACAUAUCCACCUGGUAAUAAAUCAUCUGAAUGGUGGACGGUUAUUAAGACAAUUGCUAGAAGUCGUUAUAAUGUUGACAUGGGUGAAUUUAUUAAAGAUGCCAACAAUGUAACAUCAUUUGAUGUUGAUCAAUCAGAUGAGAUUUCUCAACCAUGUUGUGUCCUUCCUACUCAAACACUUGAUGAUCCAAAUAUACUUGUUGAAUCAUCUUAUUAUGAAGAAAUCGGGCAACAUGAAUUGCUUCAACUUGACAUAAAUUGGGGAAACAAAGAUGAUGAAGAAGAAGAUGAUGAUGAAGAAGAUGAUGAUGAUGAGGAUGAGGAUGAUUGUUAUGGUGGUGAUGGAACAAACAUUAAGAAUGCAAAUGAGUAUUAUAUACCUACUUUGGGGAGUACACAUCCUCCUCAACGUGAUUAUGGGAGGGUUGAUGCAUAUCAAUAUUGUGAGGGCUUUCGUUUCCAAGAUUUGCUUCAAACUCAAGGAGGUUUCUCUCGAGAUAACCAAUUUGUUUAUGGAGGAUAUAAUUUGUAUAGGAGUUAUGAGAGAGUUAAUGGUGAUGAUGAUGAUGUGAAUGUUAGAGAUGAAGACGAGGGAGACGAUAGUGAUGAGAGAGGUGUAUAUGAUGAGGAUCAAGAUGGUGUUCCAUCAUAUCAUGGUUCAACAUGUUCUCCACACAAUUAUGAUCAAAGUGUUAAAAGGAAGGGUUUUGACACGCCAAUAGAUCCAAUAACAAGAAAAAAAGAGCUUUGUUUGUAUGGAACAACAGAGUUCAAUAACGCAUCGUGUGGACGUGCAAUCGGAGAUAUUUUGAGGUCCAAUUUUAAGGGAGCAUGGCACUCUUGGGAGAAAGUAGAUUCAAUGUGCAGGGAUGAACUGUUUAAAGAGUUUAAGAAAAAAUAUUCUUUUCCUGAGGAAGAUGAGUCGAUUGUUCGUAAUAUUUGGGAAGAUAAGGCAAGGAUAGCUUUGAAUCAACAAUUAACACGAGCUCGCAAGAAAGCCAUGUCCAAAGAAAACACUACAAAUAUUAUAGAUUGCCUUGAUAAAGGUCCUACCUGGAUAAAUAAUGAUGACUGGAAUCAAAUGAUCAAAGAUGUUUGGUCCACCCCUGAAUUUCAAAGGAGGUCUGAAUCUGCUAGGAGGAAUCGAUUAACCAAAACAGAUGGCAAAAUAAGCACUCAUUCUGGAGGAACAGUGUCAUUUGCAUCAUAUCGAGCUAACAUGCAAGAGGAAGCUGGUGGAAAAGAACCUCCAUGGGAUGAUGUCUUUUCAGCUUUGCAUCAAAGUACUAAGCAGUCUGGUGGCUUCGUCGACAACAAGUCCAAAAAAGUGGUUGAAAAUUAUAAAAUGGAGAUGAUCUCAAAGUAUGGAACUAAUCGGGAAAAUCAUCCUUCAUUUGAUGGAGCAGCUUGGUGUGUGGCUUCAGGAGGAGUUACAAAGGGUAGGGUAUAUGGUGCACCUCGUAUGCCAAAAUCUAAAGUCAGUACAAGCUCUUCAUCACAUUCCUACUCAGUGGAGUCAUCAUAUCCCAGUUCAUCAUAUCGAGCAUUGCAAAAGGAGAUAAAGGAUAAAGAAGAGGAGAUAAAGAAAAAAGAUGAAUUUAUUCUUGAAAUGAAACGACAGAUGGAUUCCAUGAAAGAAUAUCUUGUGAACAAUCUUGGAUACAAUGAUGGGACAUCAAAUAUUGAUCAAGGUAUGCCACCAUCUUUGACUCCAGCAAUAUCGCCACCUAUGGCUCCUCAGAUAAUGACAUCUAUGUGUCCCACAUCUCAACCAAUUUUUCGCCCUACACCUCGAUUUAUUAUAUAUAUAUAA